GAAUAUGUCCAUAUGUGACGUCAUCGCGAAACUGAAAGUAGUUGCUAGGAAGUAACUCACUGGCGUCGUUGGCAAUCAUUUAAGAAUUAUUAAAUUAAUAGGAAUGGAAAUUUGUCCACAUUUACCGCUGGACUGCUUGAUCACUGUAUUUUCCCUUCUUCCGGAUGAAGAUUUAAUUAGUGUGUCAACAGUUUGUAAGGACUGGUACCAUGCUGCAGAGACACAAUGGUUGUGGAAGAGACUGUGUUUACAGAAAUGGAGUUUCUGCAAUGUUUCCCAGUUCCGCACAGACACCGGGACAUCCUCAUGGAAAAUGUAUUAUCUGCGUCGAUCUCAUCUGGAGAUGAAAAUGAAGUCAGGCAGGUCAUGUGCAGACUACACCUGCAAAAGCCUGCGAGGCCAUAAAGGCAAGGUUGUUGGUUUUGCAUACUUGGUUGGAAAUGAUGACUGCUCAGACGUUUGGAAGUCUACGCCAGUUGUCUGUAGUGCAUCCACAGAUGGCACAGUCAAAGCAUGGGACAUCCAGAAGGGUGUUAAUUUAUGGACCAGUCCUGCUCAAAGUCCUAUGCAGGACAUCAUAGUCGACCCGGUUCAGUCUGUUGUUGUCACAUCUGACUGCACAGGAACAAUCAAAGCAUGGGAGGGAUUAACCGGACAGGAGCUGGCUUCAUUUGAGUCAGGACUCUCAAAUGCCAGACUGAUGUUAUUCAAUGACAAAAACAGCUCUUUUGUCAUGGUGGGAUCUAUUCAAGGUCUAGUUGUCUUGACUUGUCCUGCACUGUCUGAAGUUUCAAGGCACGUGGUCUUCGACUCGUUUAGGGUAGACCUACUUCUUUCAUCUCCAGAUAAAAAGUGGAUAUUUGCUGCCUCCAAAGAAAAUGUGGAUUUGAGCCCAAAGGUUUUCUACAGUGAAACUGUGUGUUACCCAAAGGAGGAUGAGGAAAGUCUGUGUCAGAGUCUGUCAAUCAAUGGCUGUUGUGCUGCUGUAUUCCUUCCCUCCCAUCAUGCGCGAAUCGCAGUAAUCCAUACAGACAGUCUCUUCAGCAACAAAACAGUCUCAGUCUUUGACCUGACCAUGAAGGAAUCCAAAUAUAAGAAGGAACCACAAGCUCAACAAGUUACAUCUUUUCAGAUAGAACAAAGGAAUCGUACAGACCUCACUCUUGAGGCAAAAGGGAGCAACACCCUUCUGGUUACAGAUGGAAACUGUCUAAAGGUUUACUCGCUUACAGGGGAUCUUGUAGCUAGUUUUGAGGACCAUAUACAGCCGAUUUCUGCUCUUUGUGUGGAUAGUUUUAGGGUGGUAACAGCAUCUCGUGACCUGUCUCUCCGAGUACUGACCUGGAGAAAUGAUAAACAACAUGGGCUUAACCUUGAGAGCCAGUAUCACUUACUUGGAGGCUCCCACACAAUGUCCAGAGGAUUCACAAAUGUUGCCUGUGAUUAUUCAAGUAUAGUGGCCUCUGUGGAGUCAGUGGAUGGAAAGGACGUUUUGAAGGCAUAUACAUUUGAUUUCUGAGCAUUUUUCGAACAUAACCUGAUUUGGCCGAGAGAUGCUCUUAAAUGAAUGAACCAACGUAAAGGAAAUAUUAUUAAGUCAAGUCAAAACUAUGAUUGUGAGUACUUUUGGGUAAAAGGCAAAGGAUAGAAAACUAAUUGCAAGUACUUCUCUGUACAACUGUACAAUAAGAAAAAAAUUAAAUCAUAAUUCUGGGAAAAUAUUGAUUUAUUGGAGAUGAUUGGGAUUCGACUAUAUAUUAUAAUGUCUUUCUUUUGUGUGUACAGUUUCUCUCUUAACAGUACCCUGUCAAUUUUCAGGUCAACCAGUACAUAAGUUAAAAAUACCUGGAGUUGGCAACUUGGCAUAGAGCUUGUAGUGUUAAAUUAUCACUCUUUACUCUUGUUUUAGUACACUCACCUAAAGGAUUAUUAGGAACACCCUACUAUACUGUGUUUGACCCUCUUUCGCCUUCAGAACUGCCUUAAUUCUACGUGGCAUUGAUUCAACAAGGUGCUAAAAGCAUUCUUUAGAAAUGUUGGCCCAUAUUGAUAAGAUAGCAUCUUGCAGUUGAUGGAGAUUUGUGGGAUGCACAUCCAGGGCACGAAGCUCCCGUUCCACAACAUCCCAAAGAUGCUCUAUUGGGUUGAGAUCUGGUGACUGUGGGGGCCAUUUUAGUACAGUGAACUCAUUGUCAUGUUCAAGAAACCAAUUUGAAAUGAUUCGAGCUUUGUGACAUUAUCCUGCUGGAAGUAGCCAUCAGAAGAUGGGUACAUGGUGGUCAUAAAGGGAUGGACAUGGUCAGAAACAAUGCUCAGGUAGGCUGUAGCAUUUAAACAAUGCCCAAUUGGCACUAAGGGGCCUAAAGUGUGCCAAGAAAACAUCCCCCACACCAUUACACCACCAGCAUGCACAAUUAUAACAAGGCAUGAUGAAUCCAUGUUCUCAUUCUGUUUACGCAAAAUUCUGACUCUACCAUCUGAAUGUCUGACCAGAAAUGGAGACUCAUCAGACCAGGUAACAUUUUUCCAGUCUUCAAAAUUCCAGUUUUGGUGCGCUUGUGCAAAUUGUAGGCUCUUUUUCCGAUUUGUAGUAAAGAUGAGUGGUACCCAGUGGGGUCUUCUGCUGUUGUAGCCCAUCCGCCUCAAGGUUGUGCGUGUUGUGGCUUCACAAAUGCUUUGCUGCAUACCUCGGUUGUAACGAGUGGUUAUUUGAGUCAAAGUUGCUCUUUUAUCAGCUUGAAUCAGUCAACUCAUUCUCCUCUGACCUCUAGCAUCAACAAGGCAUUUUUGCCCACAGGACUGAAGGGCUCGUUAUAGUCGUGCGUAGGUCCUACGGCGUAGCAGCGACGGCGUAGGUUCCGCGUCGGUUUUCAUUUAUACUUUUGCGUCGUCGUCCGCGUCGACGUGCAAACACACGCGCGACCGCUGGUAGGCAGUAUCCACGCGUGUAACCACAGUAGCAGCACAAACGUGAAAGAAGAAGAAGCUUAGCAAGUUAACCCACAAACGAAGAAGAAACAGCAACUUGUUGUGUAUAAUUUGAGAAGACCAGCAAUGAUGGAAGUAAAUAAACAGCGACUUUUGAUGCAGUUUGAGUUAAAUCACUCCUCAACUUGCCUCCUCCUUGGUUUUACCGUCACAAACGGAAAUACCUAUGACGCAGUUUUUUUACCUGACGGGGGGGGGG